UUCAAAGCGAGGUUGUCGCAAACCCAGAGGCAAUCUGUCUUGCGAAAUAGUAGAGAGAGAAGGAAGACGAUGGGUCCGAUCCUACAAACCAUUGUGACUGUGCUCCUUCUCCUUAUGCUUCUUCUCAUCAUCAUUUUCCUCUUCUUUCUCUUCAAACCAUGGCGCUUCUUUUCCUCUUCGCGCUUCCGCUCCUCAAACAAGGGCGAGCUAGAUAGGCCCCUCGUUCUAUCCGAAGACGAUGCAAAUGCGUCGUCGUUUAAUCAGAAUCAGACCAAUGAAUUGCCUAGGGAUUAUGAUCUCGAGGGCGCCUGUUAUCCCACUGAAGCUCAUUUUCGCUCUCCCAGAACUCAUGGCCAAGGCCUUGUUCAUAAGCAAAGGCUUCAAACCCUUUCCGCUUCACCUAACAUGCCUCAGGCUGGUGAUACUCUCAUUGUCGAUGUAAUCUCCGAUCCUUCCUCUGAAGACGUUGACGUUGGUCAAACGCUUAAGCUUCCCGCAGCUCAUUUAGCUCAAAUUCAUAAGCAUGGCCCGCCCACUUUCCAAACUGAAAGACUUCACCACUUUGUCGAAAGAGAUAUCUCUGAUCAAAGAAGUUGCCUCACUCUGGAGGUUAUCAGUGGCCCUUCUCAGGGACUCCGGUGUUCCGUGCAGUCGACAAACCCCUCUCGUCUACCCCUCACCUUGGGGAGGGUUUCUCCAAGUGAUUUGUUGAUCAAGGAUUCAGAAGUGUCGGGAAAGCAUGCGUUGAUCAAGUGGAAUUUGGAUAAAAUGAAAUGGGAGUUGGUGGAUAUGGGUAGUCUGAAUGGAACGCUGUUGAAUUCCAAGCCAAUCAACCAUCCGGACACUGGAAGUAGGAACUGGGGAGAUUCGAUGAAUCUUGCUAAUGGAGAUAUCAUAACACUUGGAACAACGUCAAAAAUAAUGGUUCAUGUUACUUCGCAAACUCAGCAUCACAUUCCCUUUGGAGUUGGUAUGGCAUCAGAUCCCAUGGCUUUGCGUCGAGGAGGAAAAAAGCUUCCUAUGGAAGACAUGUGCUAUUAUCAAUGGCCUCUACCUGGGCUGGAUCAGUUUGGACUUUUUGGCAUUUGUGAUGGGCAUGGUGGAGAUGGGGCUGCCAAAUCUGCUAGCAAACUUUUUCCUGAGAUAAUUGCUAGCAUUUUAUCGGAUUCAUUAAAAAGGGAAAGGGUUUUAUCACUCUGUGAUGCUUCAGAUAUUCUUCGAGAUGCAUUUUCUCAAACAGAAGCACACAUGAAUCACUAUUAUGAGGGAUGUACAGCAACAGUGCUUCUGGUGUGGACUGAUGGCAAUGAAAAUUUCUUUGCGCAAUGUGCUAAUGUUGGAGACUCCGCCUGCAUUAUGAGUGUGAAUGGGAAACAAAUCAAGAUGACAGAAGAUCACAAGAUAGCGAAUUAUUCUGAAAGACUCAGAAUCGAAGAAACAGGUGAACCAUUAAAAGAUGGGGAAACACGUCUAUAUGGUAUAAAUCUGGCAAGAAUGCUUGGGGACAAAUUCCUGAAACAGCAGGAUUCCCGGUUCAGUUCAGAACCUUACAUAAGUCAAGUGGUGCAUAUUGAUGAAGCAAGCAAGGCUUUUGCUAUUCUAGCUAGCGAUGGGUUAUGGGAUGUCAUCAGCGUGAAGAAGGCAAUUCAGCUCGUGUUCCAGAUGAGGGAGAGAUGCUAUUCAGAGAGAGAGAGUACAGCAGAAAAGACUGCUAGUUUGUUGUUGAAUGAGGCUAAAACACUCCGAACAAAGGAUAAUACCUCUGUAAUUUUCUUAGAUUUUGAUACCUCCAACAGAUUCUCUUGUAAAGUUGAAUCCUAGUAUGAAUUAGGAAUAGUGUUACAGUAAUAUUAAUACAUAUUUUUGUUCUCUCAAGCUCUAUCCUUAUUUUGUUCUCAAGCCCAACUCAUGGAAUCAGAUAAAUGAAAAAACGGAGAAAAAACGCAAUGAUAAUUUCGUUUAGUUCCCGGAGGAAUGCUA